AUGGUCGAAUGCAAGAAAGCCCAGCCGAAAGAAGUGAUGUUGCCUGCGAACCUGGCCAAGACCAGGGCCGCAGGUCGCGGAGCAUACGGUGAGUUGCUAAUGUUGAACCCGGCAGGGCACUUGGGACCCGGCGCCAUGGCCGCCUCGUCGGCCGCCGCCGCCGCCCUACGUUACGCGCCCUACCCCAUACCGGUGUCGCUGCCCGGUCCAUCCAUACCGGUCGCACACAUUGCGGUGACGCCCGCGACUCAGUUGCACUACGCCAGCGCCCUCUACGACCUGGCCGGCUGUAAAAGAGUUUUUGCCGCCCCGGCCGCCGCCCUGCGCCCCAUGGCGCACCACAGGGCGCCCCCCACUUUAACGUACAGCAUGAACGAUCUCUUGGGGGUGCAGGGCCUGGAUCUUAACACGGUUUACGCGCAUAACGCUCUGGGGCUCUAG